GCUUCCUGUCGGGCGCCGGCGUCUUUGCUGAGGGUCACAUUGAGCGGCGACGCGCGUCGGGGGCGUCUUUCGGAGUCAGUAUCAUGGCAGAAGACAUCAAGACCAAAAUCAAGAACUACAAGACUGCCCCUUUUGACAGCCGUUUCCCCAACCAGAACCAAACCAGGAACUGCUGGCAGAACUACCUAGACUUCCACCGCUGUGAGAAGGCAAUGACUGCUAAAGGGGGCGAUGUCUCUGUGUGUGAAUGGUACCGGCGUGUGUACAAGUCACUCUGCCCCAUAUCCUGGGUCUCAACCUGGGAUGACCGCCGGGCUGAGGGCACGUUUCCCGGGAAGAUCUGAACUGGCUGCACCCCACCUCUGCUAUAUCCUCCGUCCUUCUCCCAGGGUGGCUAAAGGGUACAUGGUGUUCCCUGCUUUGGGACCCUGAAUCAUGAUUUAACUACUAAUAAAAACUUACUGGAAAAGUA